AUGGAGGAGGAUUCGAGUGCUAGUGAAAGCACCGAUACUUCGGGUUCGGAGUCGGAUGAUUCAGUAAUAUACACGGGCUUAGGCAGAAAAAGAAAGCCGUCGACCUCACAAAUCAAGUCCACUUACAAGGGAAAAGUUGCAGCUCGCCGACUAUCAAAAACCGGAAAAGAAAAAACCCAAGAUAGUAGCGAAACCGCUACUAUCUGUCGUAAGACCGAAAAGUCAGUAACGCUUGAACCUGAAAAGCCAGAAGCGACGGAAGAGAACGCGGAACCCAAAUCAGAAACUCCAGAUUACGUCAGAGAACUUCGUAACAAUGAGAAUUUCAAGUUAUCGGCGGCAGCUGCUCGACGUGUCAUGCUCGAGUCUUUUACUCAGGGUCUCGAAGAGAUCGAUAAAAAACAAGAGCGUGACAUUGAGCGUCUGUUAGAGAUUAAUAGGAGAAAUGAAGAAAUGAUUAAUAAAAGAGAACAAGAAGCUCGUUUAAAGGCAGAACGUGAAGCAACUGAGCGAGCGCUUAUGGAAAAGGAAAAGGGCGAAGAAAAGUCGCGCCAGGAGAAGGAAAAUGCCCUCUGGCUUCAGUCAAUAGAAGAAGAGAAAGCCAAAGACCGACUUCGUCGAAUGGACCUGAACAUCCGCAGGGAUUGGGAGGGCGAGAGCGUUCGGGCUGUCAAUUACGGUCUGCAUCAUUUGUGGAGCGUUCGAGCCUCUGAGAAAAUCAUAAAGAGAAAACUUGGAUAUCUGUUGGGUUUUAUGCGAAUGGAUGUCGCUGAUGAAACUCGUCGUGGUCCCAAAAGGGUUGCUGAUCCUGCGUUUAAUGUAGCGACUCGUCGGUUAAUACCAGUGCGAUCUUGCUUAGGUACCGCUGAUCACAAACCAGAUUACGGGGCAACCAAGGUGGAAGAUCUUAUGCAACCUCCCGAUAAACAACAAGGAUCAUCUGCUUUGACUACACGUCCUUCCCAAGUGGCUCGACGCCGGUUUCGAGUGCCAGUGUCGCCAACAAUGGUUAAAUCUGCAGAGGGACGAUUCGAGACGAUUGUGGAGUGGAGGCGGUCCCGGGGGUCGUAA